UUAUUUUUGUCUUUACUUAGCUCUUCUUAAUGGAGGCGUCUGUUUUGUUUUCAUCCAGAUAACACAUCACACACUGUUGCUAACCUACCGAGUGAAGUAAACCAUUAACUAAUUCGUCGAACCGGAUUUGUUUUGCCGCGUAUGAUACCGCGUAGGAUGUUAGAAGUUAAACGGCUUUUGUUAUUUGAGCCACUUUUGUCACGUUAACGGAGACAGGCUUUGCAGUUAGCUUAGCCAGCUAACCGCCCUGGGUGGAGCAGAGAGCCGAGUACCACAGGGGCUGAGGAACAUGCGAGGAUUAAAACCUGCACAGAGUUGAGAUUAGAGUUGAAAUAUGGAUCGUAUCCAGGUGAAUUUGCGUGGUUUGCCUUCUCAUGUACUGGAGGCGGUUUGCAGACCCGAGACAGCGCACAACACCAGGGCACCAGAGGGUAUCAUCAGCCCUUUAACAUUUCCUAAGUCUAAGAUGCACCUUUGGGAUCCGACUCCUAAUGGAGAUCUCGUCAGUCUUCACCUUUCAUACUACAGAAAGCCCAGGCUGCUGCUCAUGGAGAAAGCAUUGCGUUUGGCUCAUCGUCACGCACGGCAGAGCAAGAAGCCUCAGUUUUCCUGCUUCCUUCUUGGGACGCUAGCUGUGGAGAGUGAUGAGGAGGGUGUGACAAUCACGUUGGAUCGGUUUGACCCUGGCCGGGAGCAGGCUGAUGGCGUCACAAAAUCUCCAACUGCCCUCCUCCCUGGCGAUGUUCUUGUGCCGUGCCUGUUCGACGCUCAGCACGUUCCCGACACCACUGUGUUUUCUGCACAGGACCUAGACAUCACCUUCAAGAUGUUGGAGCAUUCCUGCAGCAGCAGAGAGGCAAUGGAGCUGUAUAAGCUGAUGAGUCUGCGUGUGCGUCUUAGCUGUGUGGAGAACAUGGACCGGCUGAGCUUCAACCUACACUGGGCUGGUGUGAUGUUGGCCAGCUUGCUGGAGGCUGUCCCUGUGCGUGCGCUACCCGUCAUCCCUACUGCACUGGCCAGGAACCUGAGCAGCCCAACUAGCUUGGCGCAAUCUCUACACUCGCACACUAAUGCCAGGAAACGAGGGUUCCUGACCAUGGACCAAACCCGCAAACUGCUCCUCAUCUUGGAGUCGGAUCCAAAGGUUUUCACGCUCCCUCUUGUCGGAGUAUGGUUAAGUGGAGUUACACAUAUCCACAACCCAGUGGUGUGGGCGUGGUGUCUGAGGUAUUUGUUCAGCUCCUCCCUCCAUGACAGGGUAAUGUCGGAGAAUGAUGCAUUUCUGGUGGUCCUGUAUUCGCUCACUCACCGGGAUCCUGAGUUUUACCAGUGCAAGCUCUGUGGGUCGAAGGACAUGAGCUUUCAGCUUCUCAGCAGCACAGAAACACUCGCACUGUAUAAGAAUGUGGAGCCGGCAGAAGGAUGUACACUGCUCUUUGAACUUGGUGUUGAGAGCCAAAAUCGGGAGAAUAAGCUAUUCGAAGAGAUGCUGUCUCGUUCAGCAUUACUAAGGGCUGGAACUGCAUCAUCAGCUGCAGUCCAGAAUAAACUGUCUAUUAGUGACCAUGACUCAGGAGUGGAAGAUGAGGAUCUCUCGCCUCGGCCGUCACCUAACCCUCACCCCAUCAGUCAGCAGACGAGACAUAUCCAACCUUCUGUGCCUGAACUCUCCAUGGUUUUGGAAGGCAGCUUCCUUGAUGGGAAAGUUGUGGAAUCUUAUGAGCACACUCCAACGCGUCCUGUCCAAUCAGCAGGCAGUAGCAGUGGUACUCCACCCUCCCAUUUUGCACCACGACCACCUGCUCAGAAUGUCAUGGCUGGACCUCCACCCAUCAGGAGACCUCUAACCCCAGUUUUGUCUCAGCCAAAGCACAAUAGGACACAGUCCACCAUCAUGCACCAACCCCCCAUUAGCAGGAAAUCUACUUCCUCCGUAGGCCUAAGAUCAAGCAACGGCUUCUCUGCUUCAUCGUCUUCCUCAUCAUCUUCUUCACCCAAAACUGGCUCAUCCCCAAAUGGCUCCCACCAUGAGCGUGCACAAAGAUCUGGUCACCCAAACCCUCCAGUGUUAAACCAAAAGAACAAACAGGUGUCCGUCAAUCCAGAUCAGACUCCUCUGCUGCCGCCAUCCCAGCACAUGGUGUUUCAUAGCACCCCGGCCUGCAACUGCUGCCCUGCUCACCGUUCCCACAUGCCCUUGUACCAGGGCAACACCUGGCAAGGUACUCCAUCUCCACCUGUCCAGAACCCUGUGCAUUGUCCUUCUGAAGGGAAUCCACAUCAGGACUGCUGUGUCUCCCCUGCUAGGCCCAUGUUGUGCCGUGUGUCACCAGCUCAAAGCCCUGUGUGCCAUGCUGGCAUUCCCCUGCCCUACUCUCCAUCACAUGGACCACACAUUCCCAAUGCCAACCCCUGUGGUGGAGCUCUGGACAAGACAGCACCCGUGUGCCAGGCCCAGUGGUGCAAACUUCAACCUGGUCCCGCUGUAGUCACUGCGCCAGAUAUGGGCGUAGGCCUUCUUCCUGCUGACGCCUACAAGAUAUUGAUGGAGCAGGACCGGCAGCUGAAGCAACUGCAGGCUCAGAUCCAGAAACUUCUCGAUGCCCAGAGCAAGGUGUCAGAGCUACCGCCUGCAUCUCCAGAGAAGAACCCCAUUCAGACCUCAGCACUUCCUGAACCACCAAAGAAGACAAGCGUGAGCAUUGCAGUAGGAACUGGUGCCAGUUUGUUCUGGAGCGCUCCUGAUCAAAGCUCCGAGAUUGAAGGUCAAUUUAUCCAAUGUCAUCCUGAGUCUAACAGCACAGGGUCCUCCAGACUCAGCUCAGAGACGAUCCACCAGAGCAGAGAGGAGCAGAGCCCUGCGACACCGCGACACUCCACAUCGCCCCAGAACAACAUAUCAAAUGUAGCUGUUUCUUUUCAAAGUCCUGUGCUAGGAGAGAGUGCAAGCAUGUAUUAUAACCCUCAGUCUCAGAUCACAGAAGACUUCUCUCAAAACGAAGAAAUACCUAAUGAUAAAUUUUAUCAAGAGUUACUAGGUCAAGUAAAAAGCCGUCUCCAAGACUCUAUAACUGAAGAAGAAAAAAUGGACGCGCACAGUCCUCAUCCCAGACUCAGUAUGUCGCCUCAGAAUAGUCCUCCAAGCAAAGCUGCACUUAAAGAGCAGAAUGCUGAGGGUUCAGAGGAGGACCGGGUGUUCAGUGCCACACUUAAACAGCUGCAGAGUCUCGGCGUCAGUGUGGAGCUCAAUACAGGAAAAUUCAACCGCAGCACCGUGGAGAGUGCCAGCACACUGGCCUGCAUAAACCCUGAGGCAGUCAUCCCGAGGCUGACUCUUUCUGAUCCAGUCGGCACCAGCAUGUGGGGAUCGAGUGGCGGUGUGGAUCUGAGUUUAGAAGCCAAUGCCAUUGCUCUGAAGUACCUCAGUGACUCUCAGCUGUCCCGUCUGUCGCUGGGAGGCCAGUCACCUGAAGCUCGAUCCAACCCUGGCGCUCUGCUUUUUGGAAGGACUCCACUGGAUAAGAGCAGCACUGGCCUGAGCGUCCUUUCCUCCACCAACAUGUCUCUAGCCACCUGCAAAUAUAUGAAGAAAUACGGACUGAUGGAAGGUGAAGACAGCAGCAGUGAUGAGGCAGAGGAUGACGGUGUCCAGACAGCUCAGAGAGCACAGACAGUACAGGCAGACUCUGCGCUUGGCUGCUCCCUGCAAAUUGACACAUCAGAAAAUGUGGGGAGGGAAACUGGCUUUAUUCUAAAAAAUGGAGGUAACGGGCAGCCUGAACCACUUCUUUCCACUCAAGACUCUCAAAGCGGUCUUAUACGAGAUUUACGGCCUAAAAUGCUGCUUCUUGCACACACAAAAACAAGUCCAGAAAAAGAGAACGAUCCAAAACUGGUCCUUCCUCAACUUCGACCUCACCGCCGAUCCUCUUUAUCCAACAAUUACAGACUCGCAUCACUUCCGGAAACUGAAGGCUCUGUAGGAAAUUUUCUUGAUCUCAGCAGGUUGAGACAGCUCCCUAAACUGUUUUAAAUACCCCCUCUUUCAAAGCAGGAUUAGGAAGGAUCUAUAAUUGUUUCUUUUAAUUGCCAUUCUUUACAAUGUACUUCUAUCAGCCUGCUUGUAUAGUUUCUAUUAUUAUAGCUAUACACUUUGGACAUAUUCUUUUUAUUUUAAGUGUGCAUCUUGAUGUAGUGAGUCUUUGUACAUGUCUUGUAGGCACAAAUGAAAUAUUCUCCUCUUGUACAGUCUGAAAUAUGGUCUUUUGCAAGUAUGAAUUUUGUCAUUUUAUAAAUUAAAGAAUCUUAAAAGCAGGAUUAUUUUAUUUUUGUAUGUUUUGGUCUUUGUCUUUUAAAUGCAUGCAUAAUAAAUGAUGUUUUUUUUU